AUCAUACAAGCACACGCACUCUCCUUUCUCUCUCAAUUGAAUUCCAUUUAGGGUUUUGUGAUUUGAUAAAGAUAUCGGAGGGAUGAGUUCAGGUGCGGCUUCAACAAAGGGUGGGCGAGGAAAGCCGAAGGCCUCGAAGUCUGUGUCGAGGUCUCAGAAGGCUGGUCUACAGUUCCCAGUGGGUAGAAUUGCUAGGUUCUUGAAGGCUGGCAAGUAUGCCGAGCGUGUCGGUGCCGGAGCUCCGGUUUACCUCUCUGCCGUCCUUGAAUACCUCGCUGCUGAGGUAUUGGAGUUGGCUGGGAAUGCAGCAAGGGACAACAAGAAGAAUCGCAUAGUGCCAAGGCACAUUCAGCUUGCAGUGAGGAAUGAUGAGGAGCUUAGCAGGCUUUUGGGCUCUGUCACCAUUGCCAAUGGAGGUGUUUUGCCUAAUAUUCACCAGAAUCUCUUGCCCAAGAAGGUUGGCAAAGGCAAGGGUGAUAUUGGUUCGGCCUCUCAAGAGUUUUAGGACUGUACUGGUUGCUCUCUCUACACCAAGAACAUGUUUGUGUAAUAUAUAACUGUUUUGAAUGAAAUGGCAGGAUUGCUUUUUGGAUAAAUUGUAUUGAUUUGCAUUAGAUUCAGCUUAGCCUGUUUGAUGCUGAGAUUAGCCAUUUUUGUGUCUGAAAUUGCUCCAAGAAUAGCAUGCUUCUGUGUGCCAGUUUGAAAAAAUUUGAACUGCUUGUUGGCUCCAGUUGUGCUUCUUUAGAGGGACCUUGCCCUCUGUUCAAAAAGAAAGAGGGACCCAAUGGUGAAAUUAAAGAAUACUAAGCCCAAUGAUGGUAACUACAAAGAUGCUGAUAACAAUGGUUGCUUCAUUAGUUUAUACACUUCGCGUGUGGCAGUUUACCCUUUUUGGUUUGGUUUAUUUUUGAUGUUUAGUGUCAGUUUUGUUUGCUGUGUGGAUACCAUUUUCCAAAUUAGUUGCCCUUGGAAAUUUUUAAUUUGUCUUAGGUGAGAAAAUGCUAUUGUUUGGUGCGAG